UCCAUAUUCUCUUUACCUAAGCUAUAAGGCUCUAUUACACAAAACACAAAAACAACACCUCGUUUUUCUCUUUUUUAUUCUUCUAUAUAUAAUAUACUUCAACUAAUAGACAAUAAGAGUAAAGAGUAUUGGUUCUCACCCAGAUUUCAAAUUGAACCACACAAAACAUAGUCAACUUAUUCAUCGAAUCAUCUUCUAAUUGUUUCACACCUCUAAUUAAUCUUUACUACAAAAAUAUCAUAGCUAGUCCAAAACUCUAAAUUGUAAUCUAAUCUACCACAAACCAAUCUUCAAGAAUGAUUCUUCUUCUGGAAGUAGUAGUAUAAUGCAAUCCUAUGUCUCUGUCUUGUUCUCCCUUUCUGGUUUCUCAUGCAAAAUUCUCAUUGCUUAAAAGUAAACUUGCUUUUUUCAAAAUACUCCAAAUGCAAAACCACGUUUCCCUCCCCCUCCCACUCCACCCAUCAAUAUCAAAACCGCUGAAGCAUUGAAUACACACUUUUUUCUCCCUCGUAAUAAUCUCAAAAAAACAACACACUUUGUAAUACCUUCAACAACAAAAAGUGAACCAUACCAAACCAAACUAACUGUCCCCAUCUUCAUGCAUGAAUAAAAGGAUCCAUCUCCAUGCUUCACGAGAAAAAGCACUAGAAAGUGUAUGACUCAUACCAAACUAUACCAACUUCUCCUACAAUAUAACUUCAGUACCAUUCUCAUCCUCCACUACCAAAAUUGAACAACAUGGAAAAAGAAAAACUCAUUCUUCCAUUUUUACUACUAUCUUUACUCAUGUAUUCAAAUGGAACCACCUUUUCAAUUUCAAGAGACUAUGAAAUUCUUCUGCAAGUGAAGAACACUCAAAUCGAUGAUCAAAACAAGAGUCUCAAAGACUGGUUACCAAACACACAACACAAUCCUUGUAACUGGACAGGCAUAACCUGCGAUUCACGAAACAAAUCAGUUGUAACAAUCGACCUCACCGAGUUCGGUAUCUACGGCGAUUUCCCCUCUGGUUUUUGUCACAUUCCAACUCUCCAAAACCUUUCACUUGGAACCAAUUUUCUCGGCAAUGUUCUUUCCUCACAUUCCAUACUACCCUGUUCUAAUCUUCGUUUCUUAAACCUCUCCGACAACUUAUUCGUCGGAACGUUACCGGAGUUUCCAUCAGAAAUCUUUGAACUAAGAACACUUGACCUCUCAUUGAACAACUUCACCGGCGACAUUCCGGUGAGUUUCGGCCGGUUUCCACUACUGAAAGUUCUGAUUUUGUCUGGUAACCUUUUCACCGGAGCAAUUCCUCCGUUUUUAAGUAACCUCAGUGAGUUAACUCGGUUUGAACUAGCUUACACAGAAACAAUGAAACCUUCACCUUUACCUUCUGAAAUAGGAAACCUUACGAAGCUAGAAUUUCUCUAUUUAUCCAAAAUAAACCUCAUAGGAAACAUACCAGACACAAUUUUCAGUCUUAUUUCCAUCAAAAACUUCGAUUUGUCACAAAACUCUUUGUCUGGUAAAAUCCCAGAAACCAUUUCAAGCUUGAAAACCAUACAAAAAAUUGAACUAUUUGAUAACAAUCUUUCCGGUGAAAUUCCAAAAGGUUUAAAAAACCUCACAAGUUUGUUUCUCUUAGACCUCUCUCAGAACGCUCUCACCGGAAAUUUUCCAGAACAAAUCGCUUCAAUGAAUCUCUCUGUUCUCAACUUAAACGACAAUUUUCUCAGCGGUGAAGUUCCACAAAUUUUAGCUUCAAAUCAAAAUUUGCAGCAUCUGAAUCUUUACAACAACAGCUUCUCAGGAAAACUUCCACAAGAUCUCGGAAAAAACUCUGCGUUAAUAGAAAUCGAUGUUUCAACUAAUAACUUCAUUGGAGAGUUACCAAAGUUUCUAUGCCAAAGAAAAACUCUUCAGCGACUCAUCACAUUCAGAAACCGAUUUUCUGGUCCUCUGCAUGAUGAAUAUAGCGAAUGUGAUUCUCUCAAAUACGUAAGAAUUGAAAACAACGAACUCUCUGGUUCAGUUUCACCGAGUUUCUGGAACCUUCCAAAUGUUUAUUUUCUGAAAAUGGAACACAACAAGUUUCAAGGUUCAAUCUCAAGUUCAAUUUCCAAAGCCAAAGGAAUCACAAAACUGCUUUUAGCCGGUAACCGGUUUACCGGUCAGUUUCCGAAUGAAGUCUGCGAACUUAUUCGGCUAGUUGAAAUUGACAUCGGAAACAACCGGUUUACCGGUGAAGUUCCAACCUGCAUAACCGGUUUGAAAAAGUUGCAGAAACUUAAAAUGCAGGAAAACAUGUUCAUCGGCGAGAUUCCCGGUAACGUAACAUCAUGGACCGAGUUAACGGAGUUAAACCUUUCGCAUAACCGGUUCACCGGUUCAAUUCCACGUGAACUUGGUAAUUUACCUGACUUAAUAUACCUUGAUCUCGCCGUUAAUUAUUUAACGGGAAAAAUUCCGGUGGAGUUAACGAAUUUAACGUUGAAUCAAUUCAACGUUUCUGAUAACAAAUUGUACGGUGAAGUUCCUUCGGGUUUUAACCAUCAAGUUUAUUUAUCGGGUUUAAUGGGUAACCCGGGUUUAUGUAGCCCCGUUAUGAAAACCCUUCCUCGUUGUUCAAAUCACAAACCCUUUUCCAUUGUUGCUAUAAUCGUUUUAACUUUUUCUGUUGUUCUACUUUUUGUGUGUAUUUUGUGGUUUUUGAAGAGAAAGUCGGGUACUUUAGUUGGAAAAUCGAAACGGGCUUUUAUGACAACCGCGUUUCAGAGAGUUGGGUUCAAUGAGGAAGAUAUUGUUCCUUUUUUAACAAACGAGAAUUUGAUUGGAAGAGGGAGUUCGGGUCAGGUUUAUAAGGUGAAAGUGAAAACGGGUCAGAUAGUUGCGGUAAAAAAGCUUUGGGGUGGUGGUAAAAAUAAACAAGAUACUGAAUCAGCAUUUAAAUCAGAGAUUGAAACAUUGGGUAGAAUUAGACAUGCUAAUAUAGUGAAACUGUUGUUUUGUUGUAGUGGUGAUGAUUUUAGAAUAUUGGUUUAUGAGUAUAUGGAGAAUGGUAGUUUGGGUGAUGUAUUGCAUGAGGAGAAGUUUGGAGGGGUGUUAAUGGAUUGGUCUAAGAGAUUUGGAAUUGCUUUGGGUGCUUCUCAAGGGUUGGCUUAUUUACACCAUGAUUGUGUUCCUGCUAUUGUUCAUAGGGAUGUAAAGAGUAAUAACAUAUUACUUGAUCAUGAUUUUGUGCCUUGUCUGGCUGAUUUUGGAAUUGCUAAGACAUUGAUGCGUGAGGGAACUGAAUGUGCUAUGUCUAGAGUUGCCGGAUCAUAUGGCUACAUAGCUCCAGAGUAUGCUUAUACAUUGAAAGUGACUGAGAAGAGUGAUGUGUAUAGUUUUGGUGUUGUGCUGAUGGAAUUGAUCACUGGGAAGAGGCCAAAUGACUCUAGUUUUGGUGAGAACAAAGAUAUUGUGAAGUGGGUCACUGAGACUGCUUUAUCAUCAUCUCAUGGAGAUUGUAUUACUUGGACCAAGAUUGUGGACCCAAGAUUGAACUUAGAUACUUGUCAUUAUGAAGAUGUUGAGAAGGUGUUGAAUGUGGCUCUACUUUGCACCUCAGCAUUUCCAAUUAGUAGACCUUCAAUGAGAAGGGUGGUUGAAUUGCUCAAAGACCAUAAAUUGGCUCGACCCAAGUCAUGAAAUUCAAUUGGGCUUUUCAAGAUCUCUAGUUUGUAUGAUGGAAAACUUUCAAAUUUUGAAGGAAGUUUUCAAUAUAUCUUUCAUUGAGGAAUUAAAUUGCUUUUAUUAGUGAUCGAAUAAACUCUCACUGUAUGUAAAUCUUCUUGUAUAGAUGGGGAGUUAAGCUUCAUCCAUAAAAAAGAAUGUAAACUAUUUCCUCUAUCACAAUAAAUUACGCUUAAAGUUUUUUCACAA